UGAACUGAACGAUAGAGGGCGAUAUCUGUUGAUAGGGUGCGUGUGUUUCCCUCGUUCUCGAACAAAAACGUUGGUAUCGUUCCUUCCUGGCUGGGCCUAGUAGCAAGGUGGUCAGUUAAUAUUGUGGUUAGGGGAAAAAUAAAUACACGUUUAGUGGCUUAAAGCUCUCCGUCUAGUACUCCAUUGAAGCCAGUUGGCAUCUCAGAAACUCUUUGCCAUGGCGGAUAAAGACGGCGAUGACCAGAAGGAGUAUGGUGGAUGUGAAGGCCCAGAUGCAAUGUAUGUGAAACUCGUCUCAUCUGACGGACAGGAAUUCAUCGUAAAAAGAGAUCAUGCCCUGACAUCUGGAACAAUCAAGGCUAUGCUUAGUGGACCAGGACAAUUUGCUGAGAAUGAAACCAAUGAAGUAAACUUCAGGGAGAUUCCGUCGCAUGUUCUUUGUAAAGUUUGCAUGUAUUUUACGUACAAAGUGAGAUACACCAACAGCUCUACAGAAAUCCCAGAGUUCCCAAUCGCACCAGAGAUCGCCCUUGAGCUGUUGAUGGCAGCUAAUUUCUUGGAUUGCUAAGCUUGUAGAAACCUUUAUUUUUUUUCUUUUUUCCAUGUUAACUUUUCUAAGUUAGCAAUACUGUCAUAUGUGGGGUGGGGGUGUGUUAUUUUGAGGUGUAAGUGCUAAUCAAAGUUUAAUUCCUACGAGUGUUUUACUGUGGUGGUCUAGAUGAGAUUAUUAUAUGUAUUGUAGGCAGGCUAAAAUUUAAAUUGUGCCGUUAUAAUUUAUGUAACUAAUGUAGCUUUGGUUUUGGUGUUCCUUAAAAGAACAUCUUAGCAGGGAAUACUAAAAUAUUUCAAUCUGUAUUGUCAACUUAUUUUCAAUGUAGACUGUGCUGAGUGCAGUCUUUUUUCGAGAAAAAGUUGAAAUGCUUCUCAAAUGUUAAAAUGUUUUUUAAAGCAUGGGAGUAUAUUUACUGUACUUUUUUUACAGUAACUGUAAUGAAUUGAUCCUGAAAACAUUUUUCUGUCAAUAUUGCUAUCGUGAAUACCGUACAUAUGGUCUGCUUUUAUCGUCUGACCCUACAGCUACAUAAAAUAUGUAAAUAUUCAAGAUAUAUUUAAUAAUAUCAAUAAAUUGGUUACAAAAGUGGCAAUGCUGGAGAAGGUUGUAGUAUAAAGUUCAUUGCAGAUUGUACAGUAUUCAUUUUCAGUGAUCUUUUAUAUGUAUGCUACAGUAAUCUAGGAAUAUACAUGUUUAUGUUAUCGCUACAAUGCAGCAAUUUAAUCAUUUUUAAGGGAUGACCACCUCCUCAUAAACUAAAGAAGUAUAGUCCAAAUUAUGUACCAAAUGUGCUAGUUUUAAGGUACACUGUACAUGUACACAUGGUGUUUCAAUUAACUUGUACCAUGAAAUAUUUUUGUUACCAUAUUUACAAUUAUUUAUACUCUUGUUUUCAAUUAUUUCAAAUAUAGCUUUAGUACAAUUUAUGUGGUUUAAGUUAUUUUUUCAAAAGGGCAAAAUAUAUAAAUUUUUAAUUUAGUUUUGAUUACUUAGUGUUGGCACUUGAUGCAAAUUCCAAAGUGUGUCUACCUUUUUGUCUAUCCUUUAAUGACAGAAAUGAUGCUAUUCAUCUUUGCAGUUCUUAACUAUUGUACUAAUGCAAAUAUAGUUCUACCAUUUUGUAAAGAAUGUAUGUAUUACAGUACAUUCUAGCAUCUAACUAAUGUACAAUUUUCAGUCUACUUGGUAGUAUGCGAUAUCCCUUAAUAUAAAUUGAAUUUGAGGGUAAUAUUAAAUUCAAGUCUGUACUGUAAUUGUAGCAGUGAAGUAGUAGUGGGCAAGUUGUUAGUUCCCAAGAUUGCAAAUAAAAACGAUGAAUUAAUGUAAAAA